AUGACACUUCCUGCGUGUCGAAUUUCAGACAUAUGCAUUGCAAGGUUGCCAUAUGUGCGCAAACGCAUCCAAGGGUCCGAAGGACCUGGAACGGCGACAGUGGCGCUGAAGUCCCCACACAAAACUACGCUGUUAUUGGUGGAAGAGCCCCGGGACUAUGACCGCGAUUGGACGGUUAGGCUUCCCAAGUUGGACUUGAGGUUGCAAGUUCCGAUAAUUGGUGAAAAUGCCGAGGAGACGACGGCGAGGAUGGCGAGAUGGGCAAAGGGAUUCGGCGGGCGGGCGACCACCAAGAACCAUAGGAAAGCGACUGUGUUUCAGGAUCGAGGCGAAACGACAAUCGUACCUGUUGCUCUGAAGGAGCCUAAAAAAGCUAGCUCGCUAGGUAGCAGUACCAGUACUGCUACUUGGACGUACUGCACUUUGCAGCUCUUGUCGAGUCACGGCCUCGAGGCGCCUGGGAUAUGGGGGAGCUUCGGGAGCUCGAGGCAGGAUGAUAGGGCUGUCUUCAUUGGAAUCGGGGAUAGACUCCGAACCCCCCAUAUUGGCUACUCUAUCUUCCUCCCACCCUCAGCGUCUCUUCUCCCUGACUCCAACUCCUCGACACCAUCCAUCAUCAUGCCGCCUCUAGCCAACAAGCGAAAGCAUUCAGACCUCACUCAGAGCUCGUCGUCCACACAGCGCACGACGCGUUCAAUGGCGGCGGCCAACCCCGACAUCCACAUCCUCGCAGACGGCAUCGACAAAGUCGAAUCUCCCAGCAAGCGUCAGCGUAUGGGUGUCCCCUCGGGCUCAGGCUCCUCCCUCGACUGUGUCCCGAUCACCCCCGUCUCCCUGCCCCGCGACUCUCGCAGACGCGUCUCCCGCGAGACCAACACCCACACCCUCGCAUCCGCACAAGACUCCCUCCAGCUCGUCCCCAACGCCGGCACUCCAUCACGGCCGCGCGUCCCACUUAGGCGUCGCGGUCCCCCUACCCCUACUCCCGCCUCCAAGACGCAUAGUUACCCUUUCAACGCGCCUCUUGGUCGCUCGCCGACGCUCGCCCCCACGAUCGCGGACGACGACAGCGACGACGACGAUCUGGACCAGGAUCAGCUCUAUGAUGAUGACGACGACGAAGAUGAAGACGAGUUCGCGGGCAUCGUAAGGGAGCCAAGCAUGACCCAUUUUAUCGGCGCGCAGGACUCCCUCGAGUGCGUCGAAGGCACGAUGAAGAAGCCGAGCACGACCCGCUUCCUCGCCGCGCAGGACUCGCUCGAGUGCGUCGAGAACAUGCUUCUCCCCCGCCGCGCUGCCCCGCUCCCGCGUCGACGCCUUCUCCCUACGCCUUCACCUCUCUCACUCGCCGCGCGCAUUGGUCCUUCAAUGCCGACGCCUGCACCGUCUUCUCCGCUCCAUCCUAGCAUCCAGAACAUCGACGCUAUUCAAGAGGUCGACGAAGCCGACGAAGAGGAUGUCGAGGAUGGGCUUCGCACUCCCACCGAGCCCUCUACACCGCCAGGGCAGUUCAACAGCGGGCACGGCGAACGCGUGUUCCACACUCCCACCGAGCCUGCUACAUCCCCAGGCCAGUUCGUGCAAGGCCAGUUCGUACACGACCCGAUCAGUCGGCCCAUCACGCCCAUCACGAAUGGUACACCCUCGCCCUCGGCCGACCGCACCUCCCUCCCGCCACACCCACUACCUCCGCUUCCGUCGUUCCCCGCGCUACCGAGCAUCUCAGGAGACCCGUACGACGACUUGGACGACGUGUUCGACUUUGACAUGGAGAAGGGUGAUUCGGAGGACGAUAGUCCCGAGGCGGGCAUGAACUGGGCUGCGUUGUGUUUGCCCGCGCCGAGUCCGUUGUAUAACCAUACCAAGGACCCCGUCGACCUCCCGCGCUCGGCCGUACUCGACGCAGCCCGCGACGCACGGCGCGCGUACCGCAAGCACCUCACCAAGGCAUACAAGUACUACACCCGCGUCGUGGCCGCGCAGCACGCGCUUUCGCGACCCCGGGGCCGCUCGCAUACUCACCCGCGCGCGGGCAAGGCCCUGCAGCGCCAGCUCUCCAGCUCUGCAGCCGCAGCUGUCGCAGUCGCAGCGAAGAAGGUCAAGUCUCAGCAAGCGCUUCGGGAGAAGCCGGGGACGAGUGCGAUGGGCAUGGAGAUGGGCAUGAGCAUGGGCUUUCCCCCUCAGCAGGUGCAGCCGGCCCCGCCGUCUAGGGUGCAGCCGCUGGUGUUCCCGCCUAAGCAGGUUCAGCCGAAGCCACCGUCCAAGGUGCAGGUGCAGGUGAUGCCGCCUCAGCAAGUUCAGCCGCAGCCACAGCCGCGGCCACCGCAGCAAGUUCAGCCACGACCGCCUCAGCAGAUCCAGCCACAUCCACGGUUAACCCAACAGGUCCAGCCACGACCGCCUCAGCAGAUUCAGCCACAUCCACGACUGCCCCAGCAGCUUCAGCCAAGACCGCCACAGCAGAUUCAGCCCCCGCCGCCGAUACGGCCAAAGCCUCAGCUGCAGAAGCUGCAGACGCCCCAGCGCAAGAAGCUCUCGCUCAAGGAGCAGCGGGACCAGCAGCGCGAGUUGUUCCACAUGUCGAUGGAGCGCAUGGGCAGUUUGACGCUCGAGUAGAGGACACGAGCGCGCGACUGCGUCCCCUUGUCCGGUGUAAGUCUUUGGGCCCAAUGGCGCUCGACAGGCUUACGGGGACGACUCGGACCUUGACAUCGACUUCGACUUCGGUCCGCGGCUACGUAUAGGAACUUCCAACGACGGAUGCAUUCCUCACUUUUCAUUAUCACCGAUCACACGGCUACUCGACUAUUGACUGCUGUUUUACACCUCCCUCCUGCCUGUGGCCGGGACUAGCCUUUGGGCGAGGCAGAAGAGCUCAACUCAUGGGCGCAUUGGGCGCACCUAAUCCACCGCUGGAGCGCGCCGACGAAGGCGAAUCGCCGACGCGGCUUGAUUCGUGGUCAGCGCGACGGGCUGCGCGCCCGCCACGGGAGGUCACGUCCUUUAGCGGUUCACUCCCUGGCUUGCUGCGGCGCGAUGACCUUCGAUGCGUUCGCACUGCGCCCCGUGCUCGGCGCUCCGCCCAGCGCUGCUAGCUGUCCGUACUCCAUAAUCCAUGCCCAUGCUCCAAUGCCCCGCUCCGUCAGCUGAAUAUCUGCUGUCCUUGCUCGCUCGCCCAUGUCCCAGGCCACCUCUAUCUGUCUAUCACUGUCUCUACGCACCAUGACAUGCUCUAUCUAGGUUUAUCUCCUAUCCACUCCUUGCCACUGCGAUGUCUCGUGGUCUCAUGCGAUAUCUGCUCCUCUAUGCUCUCUAUCCUUCUCAUAUUUUCAUUUUAUUCGGCUUCGUGUAUUUAUUCGUCGUCACUUUCCGCCUCC